UGUGCUAAAUGUUGUAUUCGACGAGUUAUAUUUCUCAAAAACUCGCAUUUAAUUUUUUAUAAGUAACCAACGUUGUGUUCCACGCACCAAAAUGCCUAAAGAACAAUUUCGUGAAGCAGACGUUAUCAAGAAAAUCUCCCAUGUGUCUUUCAACAUCGAUAGUGCACAGCAGAUUCAGCAAGAGGCUCAUCUCCACGUAGUUGCCAAAAAUUUGUACAACCAAAAUGCCGAACGUACACCAGUUGCAUACGGAGUUUUGGACCGGCGCAUGGGAGUUAGUCAAAAAGAUGCAACCUGUGAGACCUGCAAGAAAGGGCUUAACGACUGUGUCGGGCACUUUGGCUACAUCGACCUGGCGCUCCCUGUAUUUCAUGUCGGACAUUUCCGUGCAACAAUUACGAUACUUCAGUCAAUCUGUAAAGUUUGCUCCCAUGUUAUGCUUAAAGAGGAGGAAAAGAAGAACUUUAGUGUCCGGUUGAUGAAUCCUAACCUUUCCUAUUUGGCGAAAAAGUCAAUUCAUAGCCAGGUGUUGAAAAAGGCGAAAAAAAAUACUAAAUGUCCUUGCUGCAAUAGUGUUAAUGGACCGGUCAAGAAAGGUCCUGGCUUAAUGAAAAUAGUACACGAACCGUUUCGAGGAAAGAAAGCAUCGGAUCCGAUGGUGGUGAAAGCUCUUCACGAAAUGCAGGCCGCCCUUGAGUCCAAUCGAGAACUGUUGCAAACUGUCGGGCCUACAUCACUUUCCAAGGAGUUAAAUCCAGUUGAAGUGCUGGAUCUGUUCAAAAAUAUACCAAAAUCUGAUGUACCAUUGCUAGGAAUGACAUCAGCCGAAUCCAAUCCUGCCGAUCUGAUUGUCACUCGCGUGUUCGUCCCACCCGUGUGCAUUAGACCUUCUGUAGUUUCCGAAGUUAAGGCAGGCACGACGGAAGAUGAUCUGACCAUGAAACAAAGUGAAAUAUUACUCAUUAGCGACGUGAUUGCAAAACACACAAUGACCGGUGGGAAAAUUGAACUUAUCCAGGAGGACUGGGACUAUCUGCAACUACACUGUGCACUGUACUUCAAUAGCGAAUUAUCUGGCAUACCCCUAUCACUGAUGCCCAAAAAACCCACCCGUGGCAUAGUGCAACGAUUAAAAGGCAAACAAGGCCGUUUCCGUGGAAAUCUGUCGGGUAAACGGGUGGAUUUUUCCGCACGCACAGUCAUAUCUCCCGAUCCGAAUUUAAUGAUUCAUCAGGUUGGAGUACCUGAUAGAGUGGCAAAAAUUUUGACAUUCCCCGAGAAGGUUAAUUCGGCCAACAUUAAUCGUAUGCGUCAACUGAUUCGCAAUGGUACGGAAAAACAUCCUGGUGCAAAUUAUGUGCAGCAAAAAGGAAGCGCAUUUAAAAAGUAUCUGGCAUAUGGCAACCGGGAUAAGGUCGCGCAAGAUUUAAAGUGUGGCGACAUCGUUGAACGACACCUCAUGGACGGUGACGUGGUGCUUUUCAACCGACAGCCUAGCUUGCACAAGCUGAGCAUCAUGUGUCAUGUAGCAAAGGUUCAACCUCAACGCACGUUUCGAUUCAACGAAUGUGCCUGCACGCCGUACAAUGCCGAUUUUGACGGGGACGAGAUGAAUCUACAUCUGCCGCAGACCGAAGAAGCACGUGCCGAGGCACUCGUGUUGAUGGGUAACAAAUCGAACCUCGUAACACCUCGCAACGGGGAACUGUUGAUUGCAGCCACGCAGGAUUUCAUCACCGGUGGCUACCUGUUGACGCAGAAAGACCAAUUUCUCACGCGGGAACAAGUGAUGCAACUGGCGGCGUGCAUGCUAUCCGGCCCGGACGCAAAUAUGGUGAUUGACUUGCCGCGUCCGGCGAUUGUGAAACCACGCAAACUGUGGACCGGCAAACAGAUCUUCAGUCUCAUACUGAAGCCCAACGCUCGCUCCUGUGUGAAUGCCAAUCUGUCCACGAAAGGUCGAAACUAUACGAAGGACAAAGACAUGUGCGUGAAGGAUUCGUGGGUAAUCAUCAGAAAUUCUGAGCUGCUGUGUGGUGCUAUGGACAAGGGUACACUUGGCUCGGGUACAAAAUACUGCAUAUUUUAUACCAUCUUGCGAGAUUUUGGUGAAGAGUAUGCCAUACGGUCCAUGUGGCGCUUGGCCCGGAUGGCUUCGUACUUUAUGAUGAAUCAUGGAUUUUCAUUCGGGAUCGGUGAUGUCACGCCAAGCCGCAAGUUGCUCGAAGAGAAGCAAAAACUGCUGGAAAAUGGGUACCGCAAGUGCGACGAGUACAUAGCCGAGAUGAAGAAGGGUACCCUGCAAUGCCAACCGGGUUGCACUGCGGAGCAAACGCUCGAGGCGGUUAUGCUAAAGGAACUGUCCAGUAUUCGUGAGCUGGCUGCAAAAGCCUGCUUCCGUGAGCUGCAUCCGACCAACAGCGCCCUCAUCAUGGCCCAAUCUGGAUCGAAGGGAUCGAACAUUAACAUUUCACAGAUGAUCGCAUGCGUCGGUCAACAAGCAAUCAAUGGUAAGCGAGUCCCGAACGGGUUCGAGGAUCGUGCCUUACCACACUUUGAAAAGUUCUCUAAAAUUCCUGCAGCGCGUGGAUUCGUCCAAAAUAGCUUCUAUUCUGGCCUAACCCCGACGGAAUUUUUUUUCCACACCAUGGCGGGCCGCGAAGGGUUGGUCGAUACGGCAGUCAAGACGGCCGAAACAGGCUAUCUGCAGCGGCGUUUGGUAAAGUGUCUGGAAGACCUGGUCGUGCAGUAUGAUGGCACGGUACGGAAUGCCAUCGGGGAGGUUGUAGAAUUUACGUACGGUGGCGACGGUUUGGAUCCAGUCUUUAUGGAGGUUAAAAAUAAACCCGUUGACAUCGAACGACAGUUUAUGCAUGUGCGUAACAUGCUGCCCUGCCGGAAUGAAGAACCAUUGCGUGGCGAAUUGGUGAGAAGCAUCGGAGAAGCAAUAUUAAGCAAACCGGAAUUUGCUGGUUGCCGAGAGGACUUCCGGAAGGAGUGCUUGGAAUAUCUAGGACUAUUUGGUGAGCGGUUAGCUGCUAUUCAACGGCGCUACCGUAAGGGCCCUAAGGUUGGAAUGGAAAUUGAACGCACCACUGCGGGACACCUGGAGCAAUUCCUGCUCCAGGUGCGCAAUAAAUACAACAAAGCUAUCACCGAACCUGGCACGGCGGUUGGUGCCUUGGCAGCUCAGAGCAUCGGCGAACCGGGUACACAAAUGACCCUGAAGACGUUCCAUUUCGCGGGUGUCGCGUCGAUGAAUAUCACACAAGGAGUGCCCCGUAUCGUUGAAAUUAUCAAUGCCACCAAAGCUAUAUCUACUCCGAUUAUAACGGCAGAAAUUGAAAACAACACUAAUAUGGAGUUUGCCCGCAAGGUCAAGGCUCGAAUCGAGAAGACAACACUGGGAGAGAUUUCAUCCUACAUAGAAGAGGUGUAUAAAUCCGACGAUUGUUUCCUGCUGAUCAAACUUGACCUUGACCGAAUACGUGUGCUGGGUCUGGAAGUCAAUGCAGAAACUAUACGUUACUCCAUUUGUACAUCGAAACUUAAGUUGAAGCAAGAUAACGUGGAAAUUCAUGGUCCAUCGCUAAUAACUAUUCGUCCGGACAGCAGUAAACACAGCCACAGUCUGAAUGCAGAAUUGCAGCGGCUAAUAACGGCCAUGCCGAACGUGGUCGUUGCGGGGUUGCCGCAAGUAUCGCGUGCUGUCAUCGCGGUAGAUGAUUCUCGAGGAACUCCAAAAUAUCGCCUAUGCGUAGAAGGUUGCGGUUUGCGCGACGUUAUGGCAACGUACGGUGUGAUCGGUAGCAAGACAAAGAGCAACAACAUCCUGGAGGUUUAUCAAACACUUGGCAUUGAAGCAGCACGUUCGACAAUUAUGACUGAAAUCACUGAAGUAAUGGAAGGUCAUGGCAUGAGUGUAGACCACCGUCACAUUAUGCUUCUGGCCAGCCAGAUGACUUCCAGAGGCGAGGUGCUCGGUAUUACACGUCAUGGUUUAGCAAAAAUGAGAGAAUCCGUAUUCAACCUGGCUUCGUUUGAAAAAACAGCAGAUCACCUGUUUGAUGCAGCAUAUUACGGCCAAACAGAUUCCGUCGAUGGCGUUUCGGAGCGCAUAAUCCUAGGAAUGCCGGCAUCCAUUGGGACGGGAUUAUUCAAACUAAUACAUAACCACAGUGAUACAGCGUUGGACCCGAUAGAUGAUCCCAUAUUCAAUGUGGUUUAACAAAUUUCAAACGUUUAUUGAUGAAUCGGAAUGCGACUAAUAUUUGCCGGCACACAAUUUUUCCAUUAUCUCGUGGUUGUACGUUGAGUGCAACAUGAGACCCAGUACACCCGCACGUGAGGCCAUGGCUUGUCGGAUCUGACGUUCCUGCUCCACCAGUUCAUCCAUCUUCAACCAUUGCCUCACACGCUCGAGGUCGAUUUCAGCUCGACGUAUUUUUUCCCAAACAUAGUGCUUGAAGCAGAA